AUGACCAACAAUCACGCUCAUUUAGGCCUUAACCUUCCAGGCACCAGCCAGAAUCAUCGCAAUACACAACAGACCAGACCGGCAGAACCCCCUCAACAUCUCCCCACUCCUACACCAACGCAGAGUUCACCAGGGACGACUGCAGGGUCAUCCUCCGCUCACACUAUGCACCACGAUUCCACUCAGAACCCGCCGGCGAACCGUAUGGCACACAACGAGGAUGCACAGCGACUCCGAGCCUUUCAAGAGGAGAAUGCUCGAUUAAGAGCAGAAGUCGAGGCUCUCCGCAAUGCAUCGAAUCCCCGCGUCAACCCCGCCGAACAGCAGCACCCACAGCAACACCCACCUCCCCAAGUGAUAGAAGCAGCAUCCGAUUUACGUGCCCCUCAGCAAGUCGAGGCCGGGGCAGCAGCAGCGGCAGCUACCAUCAACCAAGCACCCACUCGCCAAGCCUUAUACGAAGAUGAGGCGACGGUGGCACGCAUUCGCGAAUCGCUGGCUGCCCGGAAGGAGGAGGAGGACGCCCGAAAGCCCCAAUUGCCGGACAUCAUCCCGGGCUUCAAGGCAAAUGCCCUUAACUUAGCCGUCCCACCAAAAGUUGACAAUGCCAUUAAGGCAUUUCAAUAUGUGCCCUACUCUGCUCUUACUACCUCCGCACGCCGCAAGGCAGCCCGAGGGGAAGAGGAGUUGGUGCCGAACGCGAAUGGUGGUUGGACUAUCAAGGGCCUCGAUCGCAAAGGAGAGACGGAGCUCGGAGAAUUGGAAUGGCUAGCAGCUGCGAAAGCAGCGGAGGAGCGAACCCGACACCACCACGGCAAUGCGAGAGCAGAUGCCCUCGCUAGCCAUCACCUCCUCGUAACUGACCUGGGCCGCCUACACGGCUGGGAAAUUGCUCUCGAGUAUGACAGGCAACAACGGGAUCUAUGGGCACGCUACCCUUCGCACGACAUAAGCACACUUGACCGUGACGCUCUCACAAUCAUCGCAACCCAAUACCUUGCACCAACGGCCACAAGGCAGUUACAUCGUCGUCGAACCCAACGAAACGGCUGGCCGAAACAGCGUCAACACAGCCGACAACCCGUAAACGGCCCCGAUUGUGCUUUCGAUGCGGCUUUGCAGGACACAUGCCAGCAGACUGCAAAGCCGAGUCCACAUCAGCUGGUCAGCCCGUCGCACCGUUCUCCUCUGAGUCCUGCAGCAAGAACACUCUCCUCGCCCCCAACAACAAGCCCUUCUGCUUCAACUUUGCCAAGGACUCUUACUGCCCAUUCAAAGAGAACUGCCGAAACUACCACGGCUGCAGCCUCUGUGGUGGAUCGAGCCAUGGAGCAGCUGCCUGCCGCGUCCGAGCCUGACCCACGAACUGUCUUUACCCCGAUCGACGCAUCAAAAGCAGAAUCUAUCUUACGUUCAUUUAAUCUCUACAAUACCUGGCAGCAUGUAAUCUUUGGUCUCCGUAAUGGUUUUGAUGUGGGGAUUCGGUCAUUACCCACCCACACAAUUUUAUUUCGACAAUCAUGCAUCCUCCCGCCUCAACCCAGAGUUCAUAGCAUCGUACAUCGAGAGCGAACAUGCAAUUGGGCGCUACUCACGAGCAUACUCACCAGAGGAGCUCGAGCAGCUAAUUGGCCCCUUUCGCACAUCACCCAUUGGCUUAGUUCUCAAGCCCAACUCGUCAAAAUACCGCAUGAUUCAGGACCUCUCCUUCCCACGCAACCAUCCAUCGAUCCAAUCCGUCAAUGCUGGAAUCGACUCGGACGAGUUCCCUACUUCUUGGGGGUCAUUCGAGGCAGCCUCCGAGCUGAUUCUCAACCUUCCGAUAGGCUGCCGUGCGGCGACAUUCGACAUUUCGGCGGCUUAUCGGCUCACCCCCAUCCGACCCGACCAACAAAACGCACUCUGCAUCCUUUGGGAUGGAAAAGUCCGAGUCGACAGAGCAGUCAUGUUUGGGAUGGCGUCAAGUGCCGGAGUGUUCGGUUGCGUGGCAGACAUGCUAGUCGAUAUCUACAAGGCAGCUGGAUUCGGGCCAUUAAUCAAGUGGGUCGACGAUUUCUUCGUGGUACAGCUACCAGGUGCGACAUGGACAGAGGAAGACUUCACCGGCCUCACAGCAGCUAUGGGGGUACCAUGGAGUGCCGAGAAGAUUCGUCCGCUCGCACAGACACAACGGUACAUCGGGUUCGAUUGGCACCUCCACACGAAGUCAGUCAGCCUACCAACCGAAAAGGUCACGAAGCUGAAAGACACCCUGCAGUGGUGGCUAACUCAGGGUGUCCGGGUGCUUGCCAGCGAAGCAGCAAGCCUCCAUGGCAAGUUAAUUCAUAUCUCCUCGAUCUUCCGCCUCAUCCGCCCUUUCCUACCGGCCCUAGCUCGCUUCGCCCAAUCCUUCCGUUCACACCGGGCACGCCUGCGACCCCCGCCUUCUGUCACAGGCGACAUUCGUUGGGUCCUCGAUCUACUCAAUAUAACACCCAACGAAAUACCGUUAAUGCCACCCGAACCCACCGACAUCGACUGGUGGGGCGAUGCCAGUACCUCUUUUGGAAUAGGAGUAACAGUGGGCUCAUUAUGGGCGGUGUGGCAGUGGAAAGAGGGCAUCAAGAUUGGCCCGAAACAGCGUUUCGACAUCGCUUGGGCAGAGGCCGUAGCCGUCGAGCUUGCCCUUCGUCUCGCCUUGGAAGCAGGCUUGCUCCACCCAGGGCAUUACCUUGUCAGGUCCGACAACUCAGGUGUAGUCGCAGUGCUGAAUGCGGGACGAGCCCGGAACAGGGAAGUCAACGAAGUACUAAAGAGCAUUUAUGUGCUGCUAGCACGUCAUGCCAUCCAUCUUUCGCUCAUCCACAUCUCAAGCCGAGCCAACGUCACAGACGCCUUGUCGAGGGGGGAUAUCCCAGCCUUCCUGACCGGGUUUCCAAAGGCCAAAAUGAGGAUGGUAGCACCACUUCCCCCACACCUUUCUGGCUUACUAACACCGUGUUAGCGUUCCCAAUCCUUGUUCCCCCUGCAUCCCAUCCACCACUCAUGGGGAUUUUACAAGCCACCACUCCGACAUUCCGUGCCUCCGCCCUUCGCCCCUCCGGCCGGCAUGCAGAGCUGAGGAGAGGUUGUUCCGUUGGAAAGGUGUAA